UAUGAGAAGAAACCUGACCCAAGAUGAUAACUUCACACUGAGUUUCACCCUUUCACUCAUCACAGUCACACACAGGUAGCUUUCGCACACUUCCAUUUUCUCGUGCGCAAACUGUUCCCGUUGGUCUCUUCCCUCUGCACCACACUUCGCUGUGUUUCUCACAACACUCACACUGUGCCAUUUCUCACCUUCUUCACGAUCACAACCCUUCACCACCACCAACAAUAACAACACAUUCUUCAGAUGGCCUCGGAAACCGCUACUAAUUCAUCUGCUCCCAGUCCCCAACUGGUUUGCAAUGCCUUUGUUGAUCAGUAUUACCAUAUUCUUCACCAUACGCCAGAAUCGGUCUAUCGGUUUUACCAGGACUCUAGUGUGGUGAGCCGUCCAGAUUCCAAUGGUGUGAUGACAUCAGUUACAACCAUGAAAGGAAUUAAUGAGAUGAUUAUAUCACUAAAUUUCAAGGAUUUUAAAGCAGAGAUAAAGACUGCAGAUGCUCAAAAAUCUUACAAGGAAGGGGUGACUGUGCUGGUGACGGGAUGCUUGACUGGAAAGGAUAACUUGACUAGAAAAUUUGCACAAUCUUUCUUUCUUGCCCCACAAGAAAAUGGCUAUUUUGUUCUGAAUGAUGUGUUUAGGUAUUUCGAAGACUCUGAACCAUCAGAACAGCAUCCAGUUGAUGAAGAUGUUGAUGAAGCUGCUGUUACUGAAACCCCAGAACCAGAACCCGGUUAUGCUGUCGACCCUCCUGCACCGGAACCUGUGAAUUCUCAUGUGAAUGAGAGCCAAAUUAUUGCUGAUAAAGCUUCUGAGCUACCAAACCAUCCUGAGGCACAGAUAGAUAAUGGAAAUAAAGACAAUGUAGAACCUCACAUUCAGUCAAAUGGGAAUGAUAAUUCUCAGGCCACAGAACAGGCUUCCUCAGCUCAAGUGGAUGCUCCGAAGAAGUCUUAUGCAUCAAUUGUGAAAGUCCAAAAAGGGAUUUUGGGACCAGCUAGAGCCUAUGUGCCUACUAAUACUUUAAAGACAGUGCCUAACAAAACUGAGAUCCCGGUAGUUGUGUCGGAACAGUCUGCUGCUGUACCUCAAGCUGCACAAGAUAGUAUUGGCAAACCUGAAGCUGAAAGUAGUGAUACUCAUGAGGAAGUUGAGGUUUACUCCAUUUACGUUCGAAAUCUGCCCUUCAAUGUGACGGUUGCUCAGUUGGAAGAGGAGUUUAAGAAAUUUGGAUCCAUCAAACCAGGAGGCAUCCAAAUCAGAAAUAAUAAGCCACAGGGAUACUGUUUUGGCUUUGUUGAGUUCCUAUCUCCAAAUGCAAUGCAUAGUGCAGUUAAGGCUUCACCUGUUACUAUUGCUGGGCGUUCUGCUAUAGUUGAGAUGAAGAAGACCACAGCUCGAGUUGGUGGUGGUCCUGGAAGAGUUAGGAUUUCACCCGCAAGAGGUGGGUUUCGAAAUGACUCUUUUAGGGGUCGUGGGAACUAUGGUGUUGGCGGUCGGAGCUUUGGUCGUGUUGAUUAUGGAAACCGUGGUGGUGACUUUGGCGGUCGAGGCCGCGGGCCUGGCGGACAUGGAGAAGGUUAUCAGCAAGGGAGAGGGAGAGGUGGCAGUGGCAGGUUCGGUGCAACAAGACGAGAUGUUGUUCCCAACUGAAAUAGAAUGAUUUUUUAGAUGUUGUUCAAAUAUCUUUUCUGGUAGGUUACAACCUCAGUUUCUCAUAUUACUUUCUCUGAAUUUGCACAGUUGUAGUAUUUAUAGAUAUUUUAUUGCUAUGAUCCUAAUAGGUAUAGCCAAUCGAAACAGGUACUAUCUCCGGAGUUGACAUUAGAUUAAACAUCGUUUUUUGUCUUUCUAUGAUGCAACAUUUCUGUGUCCAAAUUGGGAUGUUUAUUUUGAAAAGGUUAUAAACUUCAUUUAUUUAA